AUGUCCGAAGAACCUGAGAAGAAAGAGUGGCAUAUAAAAGGAUCUUUAAACGCCGAAUUAGUCGUGACCCCAGCUCUUCCACCUGACUUUCAUAUCAGCCUUCAUACAUACGAUACACCAGACGGAAAAUCAACAAUUGUUGAACUCAAAAUGGGUUCUCAUCCUGCUCCAAAGAUUAUCUUAUAUACUUCUUAUGCAUGCCCUUGGGCUCAUCGCUCCCAAAUAGCUCUUGCUGAGCUCGGUUUGGAAUUUGAAACCGUCCUUAUCGACCUUAGCAUACCACGUACACCAGAAUAUCUGGCCAUCAAUCCUCGUGGUCUCGUCCCUGCUCUCUCCUACAAUGGAGAGAUUCUCACUGAAUCUGGAGUCAUUUCCCAAUUUUUGGUAGAUGCUCAUCCUUCCCACUUGGAGAAGACCAGCCGCGAAGAAGGUGGUGCAUUGCAACGUGCCAAGUACAGCUUCUUCAUUGAAACCUACUUCUCGAAGGUUGCCUCGCAUGUUGUGAAGGCCGGAAUAGGAAAAACAUCAGAGGAAAGAGAGCAAGCUGCCACCAAUGCUAUAGAUGCGAUAGUGAAGGAGAUUGAGCCCUUGCUUCAGAAUGCAGCCCCAUUCUUCGGAGGCUCUGAGAGAUUGACAUUUGUUGAAGUUCAAAUUGGAUCAUUCAUCCUUCGACUUUUGGCUUUCUCCAAAUAUGAUGGCUUACUACCGAAGAGCCUUUUGACUUUGGAAGAAAAAGCUCCGGCUUUUUGGAAAUGGGCCAAUGCCACAAGCAAAGAGAAGAGUGUCACCUAUAUAUGGGACGAGCCUGCUAUAGCAAAGAAACAGCUGGAAAGAUAUGAGAAGGUUAGAGCAGCUUGA